GCUUGGUUGAGGUUCACUCACACUCCGCCCCUUCUCGCCUGCCGCUGAGAUUUUCAUCUUUGCCUCCUGGAGCCCGGCGGCGGCGAUUGGCCCCGUGAGGCUGGCGUCUCCAUGGCAACGGUUCAGCGAUUGGUCGGCUCGUUGCUAGGGUGUGGCUAGGAGCCGGAGACCCCGGAAAUGCCUUCUGGUUCCCGUGUGAGGGAAGAGGACAAAGUUUAUGAAGAAGACGGGACCCAUAAGGAGAAACUAAAUCAUGGGAAAUGAGCAGAGCAGGACAGAGAGAGAGAGCAGGAGAACGUGCAGUGUAGCUCAGUGAAGAAGAUGACACUGGAGGAGACAAGCAUUUCAUGGAAGACAGUUCAAGCACUGUAACUCCAGUUCUCAGAAUAAGUCAGCUUGAUGCUUUUGAGUUGGAUAGAGCUUUAGAGCAGCUCGUUUGGUCACAGUUCACCCAGUGCUUCCAGCAUUUCAAACCUGGGCAUUUAACCCCUUUCGAACCAGAGCUAAAAGCGCUCCUGCAGCUGCUGCUUUGGAGGUUCACCAUCUACUCCCAGAAUGCCACGGUUGGCCAGUCUCUGCUCCACAUCCGGUACAAGAACGACCUCUCCCAGGCGGCCAGGUACCAGCCCAUGAGCCGGCAGCAGAAGCUGUGGUUCGCGCUCUGCACAGUGGGGGAGCGCUGGCUCCAGGAGAGGUCUCACAGCCUCUUCCUCCGCCUGCCUGCGGACUCCGCCUUUCCCCGCGUGCGGCGCGCGCUCGCCCUCCUGGGCGGCUUCGCGAAGGUCGCCAGCCUGCUGAACUUCCUGGUCUUCCUCCAGAGGGGGCGGCUUCCCACGCUGACGGAGCGCUGCCUGGGGAUCCGGGCGGUCUUCAGCCGGCCCCAGCGCGCGCGCGAGCUCGGCUUCGAGCACGUCAACCGCGAGCUGCUGUGGCACGGCUUCGCCCAGUUCCUCAUUUUCCUGUGCCCCCUCGUGAACACGCGGAGGCUGAAGGCGAGCGUCGGCGCCGUCUUCCCGCCGCUGGGGGGCCUCAAGGCCGGCGAUGUCUCGCGGGCGGCGCGCUGCCGGGAGUGCGCGCUCUGCGGCGAGUGGCCCACUCUGCCGCACACCAUCGGCUGCAGCCACGUCUUCUGUUACUACUGCAUCAAGAGCAGCUCCAUCGCCGACGUGUCCCUCGCGUGUCCGCAGUGCGGCGCGGGGGUGCAGACAGUCGAGCCGGUCAGAGUGCAGAUUGAAAUGAACAACUUUCACGCAAGGUGAUGGCGCACUUGGGGCCUCGGGGGCUUGAAACCAAUGACGGUGUGUUUGUUGAGGAAGGCCUGUGGAGGCAGUAUGAACACGCACGUGGAGGCUUCCCCUUCUGCCCUUCUUCCCCUUCGUUUCUCACUUGGUAUUUCUUUUUUUUUUAAAUCAUCGAGCAAAUACAGAACGGCGUCUGCUAACCAAACAAGUCAGAAGUGCCUCCCUAAUUCACACGCAAAAAAAAUAGUUUUUUUUCUUUCAAUGAAUAAAAUAUUACUGUACUCCAUUCCAGGGAAUAACUGUAAAAAUGACACUUUUUCAUCUGUGAUUUCAUCGAUUUUUACCGAGGGUGUUUAGUAUAGAAACGUUCAGGUUUGUACUAAAUGAGACAACAGUUCUGGGGUGGAAUAAAUAGAUAUCCAGGUAUUAUCCAGAUAGCUCUGUCGCUCUUUGAGCAGCUUGGGAUGGUUAAAGGAAAGAAUAUGAGCAGCAGUUUGAAUACAUUCUAGCUAAAUAAUGGACACACUAUAUUAGCUGUAUUCAUUUGUCAAUGCUUUAUACGUUUUUUUCCUCCUGAAGUGGCCACAAAAUGAAAAUUGAUAAUGCUUGUACUACAAAGCUUACUGCUUUUUCUAAAUCGUUUUCUUAAGCACGCUUUUAAAAGGUGAAUCUAGUUAAUUUAUUUUUGUCCCUGCAAUUUGAAUGAAAUUGCCUUUUUUAUUUUCUUAAAAGAUGUUUCAUAGAUAUUAUAAAAUGUAUUUUUUAAUCAUUCAAGGACAAAUCAUGCAUCAUACUUCUUUUAGUAUUAAUGCAGAUCUGUCUUUCCUUGGAGAUGCACGGUUUUGCAAUCGAGUCCUAGAUAAUUCCAUAUGAUUUUUACAAGAUUUACUGUCCCCUAGCUUCUAAAGGAACACUACAUUUUUAAUUCCACACAAUAGCGCCAAUAUAAAUUGUCUCCAUAAAUGUUUAAUUAGUGAUGAAGAUCACCUUCAUCUGAUGUAAAUAAAAGAACACUUUCUGUUUUUUUGAAAUAGUAAAAGGCUUGACCAAGCAAUACUGACCGGUGAAAAUCUGUUUGCACCCAUUUGAUUUGGAGAUUCAGUGCCAGGUUAAACACAGUAAUUAUAGUCUGCUGUUUAAUGCCAUUGAUAGCCUGUGCUCCAGUGCACUGACUUUGGGGUGGCAGCCAUGCUUUUAUUGGCUUCUUAAGGAUAAUGCUUAUUUCUUAAGCACUAAUAAUAAGCCACAUAAUAUAAUAAGAUCACAACAGAAGUGUACAGUGCAGCUUAAUUCUUACACUAGUCAUCACCAUCAGUCCCAAUGCGCAAAUACUUCCAACUAUCAUAACCAGUGAUUUCAUACCAUUAAAGACACUUUGUCAUUAUCACUGGGAAGGGCAGGAUUAAACAAUAACUGAAACAGCAGCAGAACAUCUGUCCACACAUUUGCAAUGUUUUAUAGUCCUGAAGGUCUUUGGUUAGAAAUCAUUUUAAUUUUAACACUUCAGUACUGAAUUCCUUCAGGUGGGGAGCUGCGUCUGCAUGCGUAGGC